AUUAUAAGAUGAAGACUAAGAGUCAGAUAACGCAUAUCAGCACUAAGAAGGAUAUUGAAACAAAGAGAGGUAGUAAUUUAGAAGCUGUUGGAGCUACUUCUUGUGUUUUUCAAAGCCAACAAAAUAAUGAGGGACGAGAACGAGAAUCAGAGAGUUCUCCGCAGGAAGAACCUAGUAGUGACGGACCUGAAGGAGAUCAAGGAAGUUCUGACUCUUAUCAAAAUACUAAGAGUUUUGAAUCACAAAACACCCCUGUUCCUUCGGUAGUUCAAGAAAAGAGGGUUACUAUCAAAGACAUGAUUGAUUCUCAGAAGCUUUCAGGCAAGAAGAGAAAGAGAACUAGGAAGUCAGAUAUCACCUCUAUUACCACUAAAAGUGACAGAGUUGAUGAUGAGUCUAAGAUCGAAUCUCCAAAGCCUGUAAUUCCACAAAAGAAAAUCAUUUUUGUCAAUGGCAAGGCCCAAAUUGAUCAGAGCUCCCUUUUGAUUGAGGAAUCUCACUUCAGAAGGGAAGAGGAUGAUCCGAAGUACUUCAAGGUCAUCAAUGAUGAUGAAUACUCCACUUCUAAUGCUUUAAUCUACCCCAAAAAGAGCAAGACCAAGAAAUGGAGUGAAGAAGAGACUGACUUUUUCUUCAAGUCAGUCGAAGAAUGGGGUACAGACUUCACAAUGAUUGAGUCUAAAUUCAACGGUACUAGAAGUAGAGCUCAGAUUAAGAACAAGUUCAAGAAGGAAGAAAAAGUCAACCCUGAAAAGGUUGAUGCUGCUUUCGCCAGAACCUAUACCCAAAGGUAUGCAAAGAAGAGAGAUAUCAAGGAAAGAGAGAAGCAGAUCGAGGUUGUACAGACUUCUUAAUAACCUGAGCCUACUACAAAGCUACGUUGAAUAACUUCUAUUUAUUCAUA